AUGACCAAGCGCUCGACGCGUGGGAAUUCUCUCGCAGGUGCCGCAGGCUCCGCUGCUGGUUUCAGCGCCGUAUUGGCCAAGAAGCCCGCCCGACACUUGGGCUGGCAGAUCACGGCUCCCGCGACUCUCGAUAAGUGGGCAGCUGCCCAGAGGACGGCCGCAUGUAACAAUGCGCUGCCUGCGCUGCGCUGCGCGUUCCCACACGUGCCAUCGCCAUUGGCCCGCGAGUGGUCGCUGACAAAAGCAGCAAGCCGAGUCAGAGAGGGCAGAGGGCAGAGAGGGCAGAGAGCCCUUGAUAGCCGCGAGUGGGGGUCCCCUCUGACCCGUGUGUCUCGGUCGGGACGUGGUCGAGAAAUGGUCGAAAACAGGCUGCAAACCCUCCAAAUCAACGGCCGGAGGCCGAGGAUGUCGAGAUCAAAUAGAAUGGACGUCUAUAGAGUGGAGAUCGGCCCCGAUCCGGGAUGCCGCGACAUGUUCAAUGAUUCCUUGAGAGCCGCUUCGUAA